AUGCAGUUUGCGCCAUUCCCGGGGGACAAUACGGAUGGAAGAGUCACGCUGGCUGGCGACGCAGCCCAUGUAAUGCUUCCACAUAGGGGCCAAGGCCUCAACAACGCAUUCAAAGACGCUAGCGAGAUUGUUGCUGCAUUUUCAGCAGUCUAUACAGGCAGCGGAUCCCUGAAAGAUGCCAUCGACGCAUAUGAGGCAGAGAUGAUCCCUCGUGGUGCUGCAGAGAUUGGACUCAUCCGACAGCUAGCAGAUAAGAGAAUCAAUGCCCAUUAUGAGGAUGACAUUGUGCGAAUGGGACUACACAGGCAGAGGUCCUGA